AUGCUGCGGACGCCGCGCCGCUGGCUGCCCGGCAGCAGCGCCGUGGUGACGUCGGAGUUCGUCGCGUGGCUGCGCGCCGGCGGCGCGUCCUUCGACAAGCUCGCCAUCAAGCACACGGCCCUGGGGCGCGGCGUCGUCGCCACGGCGGCCUACGAGCCCGGCGAGACCCUGCUCAGUGUCCCGGAGGCGCUCCUCCUCACGGUCGACAAAGCGUCGCGGCGCGCCGACGUCGCGGCGUCGCUCGGCGCCGCGCGCGCGCGCGGCGUCGACGCGAACGGAGGGAACCUCGCGCUCGCGCUCUUCCUCGCGGGCGACCGCUCCGAGGCGUGGCGGCCCUACCGCAACGUCAUCUCGCGGUCCGUGAGCCACCUGCCCUGCUUCUGGCCCACGGCCGACGAGGCGCUCCUCGCCGGGUCGCCGCUCGGCGAGGACGUCGUCCGGCGCCGCGACGAGAUCCGCCGCGACUGCCGGUCGCUCGGCUUGACGGCCGUCGAGGACCGCCAGGCCUUCGCCUUCGCCGAGGCCCAGGUGCUGAGCCGGGCCUUCGCCUUCAACGGCACGCGCGCGAUGGUGCCCUUCGCGGACCUCAUGAACACCGCGCGGCACCACGAGCGCCACGUCGACUUCGCCUUCGAGCGCGGCGCGUUCGUCAUGCGCGCGGUGCGCCGCGGCGCGGCGGGCGAGCCCGUCACCGACUCCUACGGCCCCAAGUCCAACGCGCGCUACCUGCUGAACUACGGCUUCGCCAUGGCCGACAACCGCGACGAGGCCGGCCGGCUGCUCGACGACGCCGCGCUCGACGUCGCGCUGCUCGUCGACGCGGGCGCCAAGUCUUCGGCCUGGAUGCCGCCGGGCGACGACGGCGACGCGCCGAAGCUGCGCAUCCGCCUGAACGGCGACGACGACGGCGACUUUUCGGCCGCGCUGUCCGCGUACCGCGUGUCCGUCGCGACGCCGUCCGAGUUCGAGAUGUUGGAAACGGGCCACCUGCGGCCGAAGCGCGCGCAGGCGGCCUUCGACGGGUUGCCCCGGCCCCACCUCCAGGCGCGGGCCGUCGCGGCGGGCCUCGCGACGGCGCCGUUCGUGUCCGAGGGCAACGAGCGCGCGGCGCUCCGCGCGCUGCGGUCCGCGGCGCUCGCGGCGGCGGACGCGCUCGCGCCCCACGACCCGGCGCCCGACGACCCGCCGAACCGCGCCCACGCGCGCCUCUACCUCCGGGGGCAGCGCGCCGCGCUCGAGGCCGCGGCGGCGACGGCCGCGGCGCGCGAGGCGCGCAUCCCCGCCGAGGCGGCCUCGGGCCCAGCGCACGCGACGAUGGGGGCCGCGGCGCUCGUGCGCUGCGCCGACGACGACAUGAUUCUGUCCAACGACCACGUGCUCGCGCGGACCCUGGACCAAGAGGCGAAGAAGCUCCUGCACCAGUCCUUCGUGGGGACGCUCAACGGGACCAUGGCCGUCACCUACGCCAUCGGCGAGGUGCUCCCGCAGCCGCCGCCCUUUGUGGCGGAAAAGCGGCGCGAGACGUUCGGCGCCGACGCGCCCGUGCUCUGCUUCCUCCGCGCCGCGUGCGCGCUGCCGGCGAUGGGCCUCGACGGAGAGCCCAUGUACUGCGCCGUCGACCUCUGCGGCGGCGCCCUGCGGUGCUUCCUCCUCUCGCCGACGAAGCCCGAGCUCGGCGUCGUCGUCCUCUACCUCGACGAGGCGACGAUGACGCUCGCCGGCGGCGACGAGACGUACGAGCCGGGGCAGCCGCCCGCGAUCGUCGCCGUGCUCGAGUCGCGCUGCCCGCGCGUCGCCGAGCCCGUCGUCGCGGAGCCGGCGCUCGCGGCGGCCGUCGCCGUCGGCGCGGCGCCGGCGCUCGCGGAUCGACCCGUCGCGCGCCGCGUCGACGCGCCGGCGCGCGCCGCGCCGCCGACCGCGGCCGCGGCCGCGCCGCUGCGCGCGGGCGACGCGUUCGAGGGCGUCGAGAAGCACCCCAUGCUCGGCGACUGCCCGAUCAAGGUCACCGUCUGCCCGGUCAGCGGCGGCGGCUGCCCGCGGGACUACCAAAAGGAGAUCGUCGCGUAUCGAGCCGCCGUCCGCUUCGAGGCGCUCUUCUCCGCGGACGUGGCGAAGAAGCGGGGGCGGCGCUACUCGCUCGCGCCCUGCGCGCCGGACCCCGAGGGCGACGACCCGGCCGGCGGCCUGCUGCUCCUCGCGCACGACCGGCGGGAGUGCAUCCGCGCGACCGUCGACGCCGCGGGCAUCGUCGCCGCCGGGCGCUUCGAGCUCGCGCGCGUGGCCGCCUAA